AUGGAAAAGAGUGGUUACGUCAACAAGGCGAACCAAGUCUUUAACGACAGGGAAGCCUACGCACCACUCGCGGAGGACCCAUAUAAAAAGCAAGUCGGUGUGAAAAAGAAGGCGAAUGAGCUCACUAGACGGAAACUCAUAAUCCCCGAUGACUCCAGAUGUAUGACUCUCAACGACCCACGAAUAGCCCAUGCCCACUGUCUCCUAAAAGUGCACAAAGAAGGUGCGCCACUGCGGAUCAUAGUGCCGCUUAUUGGAUCGCCCACCUACAACCUCGCUAGAUGGUUAUACAGGCACCUGAAGCACCUCACCAAUGGAUCACAAUACAGCAUAAAAAACUCUCAGGCAUUCCUCCAUAAGAUCCAAGGCCUCAAAGUAAGUCCUGAUGACUGUAUUCUAUCUUUUGAUGUGACUGCCCUGUUUUCCUCAAUACUACAUGACCUGGCGAUUGAGAGCGUAACCCGACGCCUGCAAGAUAAUCCAACCAGCAUUCCAAUACCAUACGGUUCAGACAUGCUUAGACUCUGUCUCAAGAACUACUGUCAAUUCGAUGAAAAGUUUUAUCAACGGGUUAGAGGUACACCAAUGGGAUCGCCAAUAUCAAGUCUAUUAACUGAACGGGUACUACAAAAACUAGAAGAGGAAGUUAUGCGAACUUUUAGGCCAAAAUGGGGCUCCGAUAAGUAGACGAUACAUUUGUUAUAAUGAUGAUAUGCGAAGUUGAGCAAUUGCAUCAGAGUCUUAAUAGCGUCUUCCCAUCUAUCCACUUUACUCGCGAAGAGGCAACAGGAGGCAUUCUCCCGUUUCUAGACAUUAGUAUCCAAACAUUCAAUGGUGGUGGCCUUGCAACGAGCGUCUACCGAAAAGACUCCAGUGAUGACGUCAUUCUUAAUUAUGAAAGCAACCCUCCUGCGGCCCAUAAAAAGAGCUGUGUCCGAAUCCUUUUCCACCGGACCUAUCGUUAAGACAGCAGCGAUGAUUUACUUAGGAAAGAACUCACUUUUUGUAUCGGGUAUUCCGGCUCAACGGAUACCCGGUCAGUUUUGUGAAAAAAUGUUUCAGACACCGGAGACAACCACAAGGCGUUGGUUCUACAGAGGGACCAGAACUACGUAAAUUCUAUUCUCUACCCUACAUGCAGGGCAUUUUUGAAGCGAUCGCCCGACAACUAAACCGGUUUGGCAUCUUCAUUGGCCAGAAGCCAGCGUCCUCCCCUCGCGAAACACUAUCCCGAAUAAAAGACCCCAUGCCCAAAGAGCAGCAAACCAAUGUCAUCUACCGCAUUCCGUGUGCUAACUGCUCUUGCGACUGUGUUGGUCAUACAGGCCGACGACUUGGGAUGCGUAUAAAUGAACAUAAACUAGCUAUCCGCCGACGUGACCCCAUGUCACUCGUGUUUGCGCACGCUCUUGAAUGCGACCAUAACUUCAAGUGGAAAGGAACUGAAGUUGUUGCCAUGGCAAACACCAAAGAGGCCCGUGAAUUCCUCGACGCCUGGCACUCUAACACGACCAGCAUCAAUCGCCAUGUCGACCUGGACGCUCAUUACGAAGGUCUGCGUGCCCGGCUCACUGAAUUGCGCUCACGACCCAACAACAGCCGCUAA